AUGACUAGUUUAGAUAUUAUUGACAAAAACUUAAAAGGCUCUCUUAAUCUCAACGAUUUUGUUAAUCUACAAUCAUUACGUAGUGGUGGUAACCAAAUUACUUCUUUGGAUUUAAGCAAUUUUGAAUUAGAUUUAAGAGAUAACCAAUUUACUGAUUUAACUUUUCUUGGUCACUUAGAAAAUUUAGAGGAGGUUUGGUUAAAUAAUAAUCCCCUCAUAAAUUCUUAUGAUAAUGCAAAAGAACAAGAAGCAAAAGAAGUUGAUAAAAAACAAAGCGAAACAGAAGAAUAUGAAGAAUAUGAAGAAUAUGGCAAUUCUCAAGCAAACUAUCAACAAGUAGCAGCUAAAUUAGAUGAAGACAGAGACACUAAUAUUAACAACGAAAAAGAAUUAAGCAGCAAAAAACAAGAAUUAGUUAACACCAAGCAAAAACUCAAUGAGCUAUUAUAUCAAGAAAAAUCUCUUGAACAGACUAGGUUGCUAAGAAGAACUGAAAAAGAAUUAAAUAAAAAGAUAGAAAGUUUAGAAAAGGGGAAUGCUAAACUCCAAGGAAAACUAACAGCCAAAGAACAAGAAAUCUCUCGAAUGAACCAAACUAUUAAUCAAGCCGUAUCUACUCCUAAACUAAACAUUGAAGGAAGUAUUAAUGUAGAAAGAGGCAAUGCUUUAAUUGACAACGUGAUUGGAGACAAUGCUAAUAUCACUAGCCAUUAUACUAAAUCUGUUGAAGAAAGUGAACAACAAGCCCAAAUCCUCCACCAACCUUACGGCACCCCUAGCUCUUCUAAAAACUAA